CAGAAGCGGAGGAAGAGGGCGUGCUCACGCACCGCAUCCAGCGCCAGCCAGGGCCCCCCACGGCGGCGCAGCUGCAGGGCCCAGAGUCCCCGCCGAAGGCAGUGGCCCGCACUAGGCCACCGGCGGCGGCUCAGCCUGCGGGCCAUCCAGGGGAGACUGCACAGCUUGAGGCCCAGCUGAGGGCGACGGAGCAGAGUCGUGUGGCCAGGCUGCGCAACAGCGAGCGGGCCAUGGCUCAGAAGACCUUGCACGCAGUCUCCGAGCAGCUGGAGCGCCAACAAGGAGCCCACCAACGCAGAACGGACGACAUCAGGAGUGCCGCCCACCGCGAACUCGAGCACGAGCAGGCCGCAUACCGCAAGCGGCAGAGCGGGAACCAGCAGCGCCAGCAGGACGAGGCCGGCGCAGCACUGCGGCAGAUGCAGCGCCGCCUCGUCAUGCAGGCCCAGGAGGCGCUCCAGGAGCAGAACUGGAGCUCCGACCAGGAGAUGCGAGCGCUGGCCGAGGCCGCGAACAGGGCUAGGCGAGGCGAGGAGGAGCGCCUGCAGAUGGUCAGGCAGGUGGUAAUGGAGACGCAUCACGCGCAGCAGGAGAGCCGCCUCGUCGAGUGUGGCGUGGAGCAGGCCGAGGCGUACCAGCAAGGCCAGCGGCGCAUCGGGGAGGGGGCCUGGCGAGCGAGUGAAGACCACCGCCAGUACAUGGCUGCCGUCAGCCAGGCAGAGCUGGAGGAGCACCGCGCCAGCCACGGCCACCUCGAGCAGCAGGCAGAGCACGCGCAACGCGACGCCUGCCAGCACCUGCAGUGGGCCCAGCACGACAGCGCGAGGGAGCAGCGGGAGAUGCGCGCUCUCGUGUCGAGCAUGCCGGAGCGCGAGACGCUGGAGCUGGAUGUCCUGGACGAAGUGGCGGCUGAGCUGGCGGACGAGGACGCAGCCAUGGAUCGCGACCAGGCGCUGGCAGCUCAGGAGGGGGACCACCGACGCGAGGGGUUCGAGCGCAACUUGAUGACCAUCCCCCCUGGGGCGGAGUUCGAGCGCCCGCGCCAGGACGCAGCGGUAUACGCGUAUGAGCUUGCGUACGCGUAUGAGCUUGCUGCG